AUGCCUCGUCAACGCUCAUCCGGUGGCCGUGCGCCCGCCUCCCGCGCCCCUGCGCGCCCUACACCCGCUACCUCGGCUCCUGCGCCCCAGCAGCAGCGCCCUGCGACCACCAUGGCUGCUCCUCAACAGCAGGCUGCCGCUCCCCAGGCUGCCGCUCCCCAGGGCCCUGGUCUCUUCGGCCAGAUGGCUAGCACAGCUGCUGGUGUAGCUGUCGGCUCCUCCAUCGGCCAUGCCAUCGGCGGCUUCUUCGGUGGCGGCUCGUCUGCUGAGCCCGCCCCCGCGCAGGCCAACGCCUCGCCCGUCGCCCAGAACGAUCAGACCAGCCAGUGGAACCAGGGAAACAAUAAUUGCGCCGGUGCCGCGACCGAGUUCACCCGCUGCAUGGACGAGCAGAACGGCAACAUGCAGAUCUGCAACUGGUACCUGGAGCAGCUCAAGGCUUGCCAGGCUGCCGCCAAGAACUACUAG